UGAUUUGAAUUUUUCACCUUCUCUCUCCCACUCACGCUUUUGCAAAGUUUCAAUCUUUCAUGGCGGAUUCUCUCUCACAAUCACUUCUCGUGUGUAAUCUAUCUAUCUCCUCUUAAAGAUCUCUCUCCUUCUUCCUCCUCUCUCCAAAAACCAUGACUGUCUCACUUCCAUUGUCGUUUCAGUUUCUUCUUCUUCUCUUAACUAGAGCGGUUAUUUCGUCAUCUUCCGAGUACUUAAUCGGCGUGGGAAGCUAUGACAUCACCGGUCCCGCCGCUGACGUCAACAUGAUGGGAUACGCUAACUCCGAGCAAAUCGCGUCGGGGAUUCAUUUCCGUCUACGAGCUCGCGCCUUCAUCGUCGCUGAGGCGCCUCAAGGGAACCGCGUCGCGUUUGUGAAUCUUGACGCGUGUAUGGCUUCUCAGAUCGUUACCAUCAAAGUUCUCGAACGACUCAAGGCAAGAUAUGGUGAUCUUUACACAGAGAAGAACGUGGCAAUAAGUGGGAUCCACACACAUGCUGGACCAGGAGGUUAUCUUCAGUACGUCACUUAUAUCGUCACCUCUCUUGGAUUCGUUCGUCAAUCUUUUGACGUUCUCGUUGAUGGCAUUGAACAAGCCAUCAUGCAAGCUCACCAAACUCUACGUCCUGGUUCUGUUUUUGUCAACAAAGGUGAUCUUUUGGAUGCUGGUGUGAACCGAAGUCCUAGUUCUUAUCUGAACAAUCCUGCUGAUGAGAGGAGUAAAUAUAAGUAUAACGUCGACAAAGAAAUGACGCUGCUCAAGUUUGUUGAUUCGAAGAUGGGACCUAUUGGUAGCUUUAACUGGUUUGCAACUCAUGGGACUUCCAUGAGCAGGACUAACUCUUUGAUUAGUGGUGAUAACAAAGGCGCAGCCGCGCGUUUCAUGGAGGACUGGUUUGAGAGUGGACAGAAAAUCCCUCGCCGAGUAUCAACCAUUGUCUCUGAUCUGAGACAAAACCACAGUAGGCUUUUGGAUAUUGCAGCUUCUUAUAAGUCAUCUAGAGGACAAGAUUUUGAUGCUCGAAAAGUCCGAGUAAGAAAGGCGUCUUUCGUCUCUGCCUUCUGUCAAUCGAACUGCGGUGAUGUGAGUCCGAACGUUCUUGGUACGUUUUGCAUCGACACUGGACUGCCUUGUGAUUUCAAUCACAGUACAUGCAAUGGAAAGAACGAGCUGUGCUAUGGCCGUGGCCCCGGGUACCCUGAUGAGUUUGAGAGCACACGUAUCAUUGGAGAAAGGCAAUUCAAAAUGGCGGUGGGACUAUUCAACAAAGCUACUGAGAAGCUAGAGGGGAAGAUUGGUUACCAGCAUGCUUAUGUGGAUUUCUCAAACCUUGAAGUCACAGUUCCUAAAGCAGGUGGUGGAUCUGAGACGGUGAAGACAUGUCCAGCUGCAAUGGGGUUUGGAUUUGCUGCUGGAACAACUGAUGGUCCCGGUGCUUUUGAUUUCAGACAAGGAGAUGAUAAGGGUAAUGCCUUUUGGAGAUUAGUGAGGAACGUGUUAACAACUCCUGGUCCGGAUCAGGUCCAAUGCCAAAAACCAAAACCUAUUUUACUUGACACUGGUGAGAUGAAGACACCAUAUGACUGGGCGCCUUCGAUUCUUCCAGUUCAGAUGUUUCACAUUGGCCAACUAGUCAUCCUCAGUGUCCCUGGAGAGUUCACCACAAUGGCUGGAAGGCGUCUCCGUGAUGCUGUGAAGUCAUUUCUCAUCUCUUUAGACAGCAAACAGUUUAGUAACAACCUUCAUGUGGUAAUCGCUGGUCUCACCAACACGUAUUCUCAGUACAUUACCACUUUCGAGGAGUACGAGGUUCAAAGAUACGAGGGAGCUUCAACGCUAUACGGCCCACACACACUCACUGCUUAUAUCCAAGAGUUCAAGAAACUAGCCACAGCUUUGGUCAACGGUCAAACACUCCCGCGUGGGCCCUUACCACCGGACCUUUUAGACAACCAGAUCAGUUUACUUUCGCCUGUGGUCGUAGACUCCACUCCUAUAGGAGUCAGCUUUGGUGAUGUUAAAACUGACGUGCCUCCCAAGUCAACGUUCGUGAAAGGCCAACAAGUCAACGCCACGUUUUGGUCGGGAUGUCCAAGAAACGACCUGAUGACUGAAGGAUCUUUCGCUGUUGUGGAGACGCUGCGUGGAGAGAAGUGGGUGCCAGUGUAUGAUGACGAUGACUUCAGUGUGAAGUUUAAGUGGUCGAGACCGGGGAGGCUUAGCUCUGAGAGCCAAGCCACGGUGGAGUGGAGGAUACCGGAAUCUGCGGUGGCUGGAGUUUAUAGAUUAAGACAUUAUGGAGCUUCUAAGUCGCUAGUUGGAUCCAUUACAAGCUUCUCUGGUUCUUCCAGCGCCUUUGUAGUUGUAUGACAAUUUACCUAACGUAACAUAUCCGUGCAUGGUGUACAAUUUAUGAAAUAAAAAGCGAUGAAAAAAGAUUUUAAACACACAAUGUUAAGUUAUAUAUAUGGAGAGUAUAACGCCUUGUCCGUC